CUCCGCCUGCUCGCGGCAGGCCUGGAGCCGGGACAACCCGGGCUUCGAGCCUGAGGAGGACGCGGCGGCGGCGGCGGCGGGGCCGGUGCUGGAGAUGGACGUGGAGUGGGGCAGCCGGGCCGCGUCGUCGCUGGGCAGCGCGGGGGCCGCGGCGGGCGGCGGGCGGAGGGCGCGGCGGGGCCCCGCGGGCCGCGGCGGCGCUGAGGGGCCGGGCCGCCCCCCGGGGCCGCCCGAAGGAGCCGCGCCCCGCAGAGCGGCCUGGGCCAAGCGGCUGGCGCGGAGACUGCGAGGUCUGUGGGGGACAAGACUGAUGGAAGAGAACAACACCAGCAGAGAGCGGUACUUGAAAAGUGUUUUACGGGAGCUGGUCACGUACAUGGUUUUCCUCGUGGUCCUGUGUGUCUUGACUUAUGGGACAGUGAGUUCCAGUAUGUACUAUUAUACAAGGGUUAUGUCACAGCUCUUCCUGGAAACACCUGUGUCAAAAACAGAGAGAACUGAUUUCAAAACUUUGUCCACAAUGGAUGACUUCUGGAAGUUCACAGAAGGCCCUUUGCUGGAUGGUCUUUACUGGGAGAUGUGGUACAACAACAAAACCAUGGCAGAAAACAAAAGCUUCAUUUAUUAUGAGAACCUGCUCCUAGGGGUGCCUCGCAUUCGGCAGCUGAAAGUCAGAAAUGGUUCGUGCUCCAUACCUGAGGAUUUAAAGGAUGAAAUCAAAGACUGCUAUGAUGUCUAUUCUGUAGCUAAUGAAGAUACUGCUCCUUUUGGACUCCGGAAUGGAACUGCCUGGACAUACACCAAUGAGAAGGAUUUGAAUGGGAGCAGCCAUUGGGGCUUGAUUGCCACAUACAGCGGAGCUGGUUAUUACCAGGACCUCUCAAGGACCAGAGAAGUGACAGCCCUGCAGAUUGCGAGCCUGAAGAAAAACCUGUGGCUGGACAGAGGGACCAGAGCAGCCUUCAUUGAUUUCUCUGUGUACAAUGCAAACAUCAACCUAUUCUGCGUGGUCAGGUUGCUAGUGGAGUUUCCAGCCACUGGAGGCCUGGUUACAUCUUGGCAGUUUCAACCUGUGAGGCUGAUUCAUUACAUCUCCACUUUUGAUUUUUUCCUGGCAGCCUGUGAAAUGUCCUUCUGUCUGUUUGUUCUGUAUUACAUGGUGGAAGAGGUCUUAGAAAUUCGCAUUCAUAGGCUGCGCUACUUCAGAAGUCUUUGGAAUUGCCUUGAUAUCCUUAUCAUUGUGCUGUCUGUGGUAGCUAUAGGAAUUAGCAUCUAUAGGACAUCAACUGUUGAUAUGCUCCUGAAGAAGCUGCUGGAAGAUCAGAACUCAUUCCCCAAUUUUGAACCUUUGGCAUAUUGGCAAAUGCAGUUCAAUAACAUUGCUGCAGUCACAGUGUUUUUUGUCUGGAUUAAGCUUUUCAAAUUUGUUAACUUCAAGACGAUGAGCCAGUUAUCCACCACGAUGUCUCGCUGUGUCAAAGAUGUCAUUGGCUUUGCCAUUAUGUUUUUUAUUAUUUUCUUAGCAUAUGCUCAGUUGGCCUAUCUGGUCUUUGGCACUCAAAUCGAUGACUUCAGUACUUUCCAGGACUGCAUAUUUACUCAGUUCCGCAUCAUUUUGGGAGACUUCAACUUCACAGAGGUUGAAGAAGCCAAUCGGAUUUUGGGACCCAUUUAUUUCACUACAUUUGUGUUCUUUAUGUUCUUCAUUCUUUUGAACAUGUUUUUGGCCAUUAUCAAUGAUACCUACUCUGAAGUCAAAUCAGAUAUGGCACAACAGAAGGCAGAAAUGGAAUUGUCUGACCUUAUCAGGAAGGGCUACAACAAAGCCAUGAUCAAACUUAAAUUGAAGAAAACUACUGUUGAUGACAUUUCAGAAAGUCUGAGACAAGGUGGGGGAAAGCAAUUUGAUGAACUUCGGCAGGAUCUCAAAGGGAAGGGGCACACGGAUGCAGAAAUUGAAGCAAUAUUUACCAAAUAUGAUCAGGAUGGGGACCAGGAAUUGACAGAGCAUGAACAUCAGCAGAUGAGAGAUGACCUGGAGAAAGAGAGGGAGGAUCUGGACCUGGAUAGGAGCUCUCUGCCACGUCCUCUGAGCAGCCGCAGCUCCCGAAGCUUGGACGACUCCGAGGAGGAUGAGGAUGAAGACAGUGGGCACAGCUCUAGGAGGAGGGGCAGCAGCUCUAGUGGGGUUUCCUAUGAAGAGUUCCAAGUACUCAUGAGGCGUGUGGAUCGCAUGGAGCAUUCCAUCGGCAGCAUCGUCUCCAAGAUCGAUGCUGUUAUCGUGAAGCUGGAAGCCAUGGAGAGGGCCAAGCUGAAAAGGAGAGAUGUGUUGGGCAGGCUGUUAGAUGGAGUGACAGAGGAUGAAAGGCUGGGCCGGGACAGCGAAAUCCACAGGGAGCAAAUGGAGCGGCUGGUGCGGGAGGAGCUGGAGCGCUGGGAGUCAGACGACACGGCCUCCCAGAUGAGCCAUCGGCUGGGAACGCCCCUGGGGCUGCAGGGGCAGCCUCGAUCCAGGAGCUCCAGGCCAUCCUCUUCCCAGUCUGAUGGCCUUGAUGCAGCAGCAGCAGCAGCAAAUGGGGGAAACAACAUCCAUGUGUAGCUUUGUAGGUGAUUCCAAAUGUUUCAGGUCAGUAUUGGAGAAGAUGAAGAACUGGACACUGCACGUUUCGAUAUGAAUCAAGCAAAUGCCACUUUAUUGUUGUCUUUUAACCCUAAUAUACAAUUUCUCUCCCCCUGCACAUGGUCACACAACUUAUCAUUGGUAGAAGCCUUCUUCCACGAGGCAAACUUUUUUUUGUUAGAGUUUUCUAGUUUUCAUAGGCUUCAGAGUUCCUUGCAUUCACCUAUCACCUUUAUCUCUUCGUCUCUCCCCUUUGUGUUCUUGUUAGGCUGCAGCUGUUCUUCUUAUCUCUUUUUCAAGGGCAAGGCUACAGGCCUCAUAAAAGUGCUCAUAUCCCUUUCCUAGGAAUUGUUCACUACAUAUCUCUAUCACUGCAUUGCUCACUACAUGUCCAUCUUUCUCUAAAAACAUUCCCAUAAGUAUUCAACCAGCAAAUCCCCCAGCAUGACAGGAUCAUUGUGAUCAGACCACUGAGGACAUCUUUCACUGGUGGGGAAAAAAGUAAAUAUUCACUCCAGAAAUAAUUUUCAGGCCUGUGUAAGCCAUAUGUAAUGCCAGCAGUGAGAGUGAAACACGCUUGGAAACUGAAUGGAUAUAAGGUGGGACAAAAUCUACCAGGACAGAAAUCUGAUUCUGUAAAAAUGUUAUUGGGAACACUUGAAUGAGGGCAACAAGCUUCAGACAAAAUAAUAUGCAGUGGUUGGCACACUAAAAGGCUAUUAAUUUUUUGCUUCCUCUUGGAAAGUACAAUUUUUAAAGGCUUUAAAAAGCAAAUUUUAAAAUAAUAUGGCAUCCGUUUGUCUUAUUCAUUAUAACAGCUGACAGAUAAAACAGCACUUUUUAAAAAAAAUACAAGUUUCUACUUGUCUUUCUGAGUUAUUCUUGAUAUACUAAUACUUUACUUAAUUUAAAAUACUCUUCCUAUUUUGAGAGGUACAUUUCUUUAAGCAGAAGAAAGUGCACUUGGUUUGUGCAGCUGUAAAUUACAUCAUUCUGUGAUAGAAACUGAAUGCAUUAUAAUUAGUAUUUCAGAAGAAAUAUUUGAGAGCUGCCUCCUCACACCCAACUAGCAUAAUAAUUUUCAGCUAUAUUGCAAAAUGCAUUUUUAAUGCUUUGUUUUCAUGUGUUUUAAGUGUUUCUGGGAUGAACAUUCCAGAGUUCUUAGAUACGUACAGCUACUUUGUAGAAAACACAUUUUUAAAAAGCACACAGAAUUGAAAAACACUGUUUUCCUUGGGUGUGACAGGGAAAGGGGCAGAGAUGUUUCUGAAAGCUGAGAAAAUCUGAUCUUGUGCCAUGUGAAAUUCUAAUCACAUCUCAACUAUGUGGUCUGUAUUAUAAAAUUAUUAGGUACGUUUCUACACAGACUUUUCUGCUGAGGUGCAACCAGGAUUUCUUUGGGAAGGUGUUUGUAGUAUAAUCACUGAUAUUUAGUAUUUAAUUGCCUGUGCUUUAUGUCACAGAAGCUUUAUUUUUGAAAAGGACAUGCAACAUUGAAAUUCUGUUGGCUUCCUAUAGAGAGCACUGAGGCAGUGCUUGGAGCUUUGCCUAGCAAUAUUUUCCCAUAAGUGGAAUGCUGGUUUAGGAGGGAGGCUGUCAAUUGUGCUUUUUUCCUGAAGAUGGCAGUUGUCUAGUGCUUAAAGGCUGAGAGCUGGUGAAAAAGAUAAUGGACAGCUACAAAAUCAACCACAUCUCAGCUAUUAGUAGGGUAUAUAGAGGAAAAAAAGCCAGUUUAACAAAGUGUGAGUAUCAUGUGUUGUGUUGGUGUCCUCUGUUUGAACAAGCAGUUAUCUCUUCAUUCUUGUGGGAAUGCUGCUUAGGCAGAGCUUAAAUGUUCCAUAUAUUCUUGCAAUGGCAAUGCCUGGAUGAGCAGUGGCUCAGAAUGCCUUUCCUCUAACCAGGGAACUUGCUAAAACUAAAUAGAAUUUAAAACUAAAUAGAAUUCACGCCUUUCCAUUUUUAAUUUUAUGAGAAACCAUACACACAGAAACCUCAUUAGUGUAAGGUGGAAGAGGAGGAAAUUCAGCUUUGGAAUUUCAUAGUAUCUGUGUCUCUGGAACAGAAUUAUGGAGGAGAACAGGUUGUGGUUCUUGUGUGGGUUAUUUUGUCCUGUACUGGGGAGAAAUUCAUGCCCUUUGACGAGAGUCCUCAUAAACUUGCCAAAACAGCGCACAGCACAGUGGGUAGGGAUGAGGGCAUUGUGUGGGGUGAGGGCAUUCAGAUUAAGCUCUCUCUUACCUUUAUUGAAGGGUUUUACACUCAGAAAACCUUUCUGAGGAAAGCUUUUCAGUGUUGAGCUGCAUUUCUGACUGUAGACAAACAGACCAAAAAGAAACACCAGCUGUACACACGGCCAGCUGGUGUGCCAGGAAAAUAGAAAACACCAAAGCAAUUUAAAUAUACAGAGCCUUUAUAUUCAUAUCCAAAAUGUGUCUUUCAAAAUGUAAAUUCAGUCACUCAGUUCACCUUUCAUUUGUACUAUAUGUUUAUUCUGAAAGUGUUUGCAUUAAUAGCUGUAUUUGUGGGGCUGUAUUUCUGUAACGUGUCGUUACUUGAUAACAAACUUCAUCUUGAAGUGCAAUAAGUUUCCAUGGGGUACCCGUGUGUGCUGACAGUAAGUGCCUUGCAGUAAGUGCAUUGCCACUUCACAAAUGUUACAAACAUUUUAUUGAUGCAUUUUUCAGUUUUAGAUUAUAAUAUCAUUAGGUUUUUUGCAUAGUAAUGUACAGUGUUUGGUCUUAUUAGGAAGCUGUUAAUUAUGCAAGUCUUCUACAAUGAUCAAGAAUGUAUUGAUCUGUAAAACUGAGCACUUUACUUCCUAAUAAACAUUUAUAUAAUCUACAAAGCAAA